AUGGCAGAUCGGAAGGAUAACUGGUCUUCUGAGGCCUACCAAAAUGCGGCGUCGUUCGUGCCCAAGCUGGCCACCAAGGUCAUGCAAUGGCUGGAUCCGCAAAAGGACGACGUGAUCCUCGACGUCGGUUGUGGAGUCCUCGACGCGACAACCCUCCCCUCGGCCGGCCACCUCCGGCGCGGAGAGUACACCAAGGCGUUCUCCAACGCGGCGCUGCACUGGAUCCUCGCUCCCGAGGCGACGCGCGAGGCCGUGUUCCGCGGGGUGCGCGACGCCCUGGCCCCGGGCGCGCCCUUCGUCUUCGAGAUGGGCGGCCCGGGCAACUGCGCCGAGAUCCGGGCGGCGCUGCUGUCGGCCGUGGCGCGGCGGGUCGGGCUCGCGCGCGCGCGGGCGGCCGACCCGUGGUUCUUCCCCGACGAGGCCUGGGUGCGCGACAUGCUGGAGGCGCGCGUGGGCGGGUGGAAGGUGGAGAGGAUCGAGCGGGAGUGGCGGCCGACGCGGGCCGACAAGGGCGGGGUCGACGGCUGGGUGCGCCUGAUGGGCAAGAAGUGGUUCGAGGUGCUGCCCGAGGCCCAGAGGGAGGAGUGCAUCCGCGAGGUGGUGGCGGUACUCGACAUCGUCUGCAGACAGCCUGCCGGGGGGUAUAUGCUAAGCUACGUCCGGUUGAGAGCGGUCGCGAGGAAGGUAUAG